AUGUCUAUUGAUCCGGAAACUCGAAGAAAAUUAUUAGUUUUACAAAAAAACGGCUCUAAUAAAACAUGUUGUGACUGUGCUGCUCCAAAUCCUCAAUGGGCAUCGCCAAAGUUUGGGAUUUUUAUUUGUCUUGAAUGUGCUGGUAUACAUAGAGGCUUGGGUGUCCAUAUUUCGUUUGUUAGAUCUAUUACCAUGGAUCAAUUUAAGCCAGAAGAGGUUUUGAGAAUGGAGAAGGGUGGAAACGAGAAGUUGAAAAAUUACUUCAGUGAAAAUGGUGUUGAUUUGAAAUUAGAUGCUAGACAGAAAUACGACAACUACGUUGCUGAAGAUUACAAGGAGAAAUUAACUUGCGAAAUUGAAGGAAAGGAAUUUACGCCAAAGGAUCAUUCUGGGCAAUCAUUACCAGACAUCAACGCAGCUUCAGCAUCCGACGAUACAACUUCAAACUCUGCUCCUAAACAGCAAGAGAAAAUCCAAUCUCGUCGUGGCACUCCGUUACCAAGUGACCAGAAGCAAAAGAACGAAUCUUAUUUUGCUGAGUUAGGCUCAAAGAAUGGUACUAGAUCAGAUAGUUUACCACCUUCACAAGGUGGUAAGUAUGGAGGAUUUGGUAAUACACCAGCUUCGCAAUCUUCUAACCAAGGUGGAUCCUUAUCCGGGUUUACUAUAGACAACUUUCAAAGUGACCCAUUUGGAACCUUAUCCAAGGGUUGGGGAUUAUUUUCCAACACCGUGGCCAAAUCAGUCAACGAAGUGCAUGAAAGUGUCAUCAAACCGGGUAUUAAUCAAUUACAAGAAAGUGAAUUAAGUGGAGAAGCCAAGAGAGCUAUGGCUCAGUUUGGCCAAAAGAUGCAAGAAACUGGUAAAUAUGGACAAGAAACAUUCCAAAAAUUUACUAAUGAACAUAAUGCGCCUGAUUCCAAGUUCGGUAAACUCUUUGAUGGAUUAAAUGUGCAAGAUGAAUCAGAAGGUGUAACGCCAGCCUUUGGACUUCAAAAACCACAACAAAAGACCAAAUUGGAUAGUUUAGGUGGUGGUAAAUCCAAGAAGGAUGAUGAUUGGAAGAACGACGAUAAAUGGGAUGAAUUUUAA